AUGGCGGCGCUGCUGGGCUCGCCGUACGCGUGGCCGGAGCGCCUGGACUGCCCCGCGGCUCUGGAGCUGAGCGGCGCCGGAGGGCCGUCGGGCCCGCGCCACGACAAGGGCCCCGCCGAGAGCCGCAUCCGGCGCCCCAUGAACGCCUUCAUGGUGUGGGCCAAGGACGAGAGGAAGCGCCUGGCCGUCCAGAACCCGGACCUGCACAACGCCGAGCUCAGCAAGAUGUUGGGCAAGUCCUGGAAGUCUUUAACCCCGUCCCAGAAGAGGCCCUACGUGGAAGAGGCGGAGCGGCUGCGGGUUCAACACAUGCAGGACUAUCCCAACUACAAAUACCGGCCUCGCCGGAAGAAGCAGGUCAAGCGGAUCUGCAAGCGGGUGGAUCCGAGCUUCCUGCUGGGGAGCCUCUCCAGGGAUCAGGACCCCGCGGCGGAGAAGAGGCCGUGCGGCCGUGCGGUGGGCAAGAAGGAGGGGCGGUCUGACUACUCGCCCGCUCCGGUGCUGCCGAACCUCGGGAGAUACCGGGAGGCCCAAGGCAACGGCGCCGGCGGUGGCUCCAUGGAGACCUAUCCGUACGGCCUGCCCACGCCGCCUGAGAUGUCCCCGUUGGAUGUGAUAGACCCCGAGCAAAGCUUCUUCUCUUCCCCUUGCCCCGAAGAUCCUCACCACCCUCACCUGUCUGGAACCCCCUACCCUCUGGACUAUGUCCCCAGCGCCCUGCAUUGUAGCCACCCUCUCAGCCAUAUGGGGGUCUCCCGGCCUGCCUCUUCCAUCCACCCGCCUCCCUCGGCCUGCCCGCCUCCCCCGUCGGGCAAUUAUUACUCCCCGGCGUUCCAUCCCGCCAUGCAUCCCCCCAGCCUCCACGCCCACCUUGGCCAGCUCUCGCCUCCCCCGGAACACCAGAACUACGACAGCCUGGACCAGCUGAGCCACGCGGAACUCCUGGAGGAGAUGGACCGCAACGAGUUUGACCAGUACCUGAACGCCCCCGGAGACCCCGAGUCCAACCCGCUGAUCGCGGGCAGCCACGUCCAGGUAUCGCAGGCGUCUGGCGUCUCCCACUCCUCCGAGACCAGCCUUAUUUCCGUGCUGGCUGAUGCAACGGCCACUUACUACAAUAACUACAGUGUUUCUUAGAUUCGGGAGGAGAGAUCUGCACCUCGGACCAGCCAGGGAAGGACUCUCGAGGGGUUUCCUUGGACAGUAAAAGGUCUUUGGGCAUCUUGACUUCUCUACCCCUUCUCCUCAGGGUUGCCCAGUCUGAACUGAAAUAGCUUUGGAGUUUUCUCUCUAAUAGGUAAUUAAUUUAUCAACAUUCCCUCUGCCCCCCUCCCCGUCCCCCCAUCUAAAUAUUGAGUAUCUUGACUUCAGAGUGGAAUUUGUGGGCAAGUGUCCUAUCG